ACCUAUAGGGGGCCUGUCACCCGGCACGUGCGCCGGGGGCCGGCUGGGCGCGAGGGGAGGGAGGCCGGCGGGCCAGCGGGGGCCGACCCCGACCCCGACCCGACCCGACCCGAUCCACCCCGGAGCUCGGGCCUGGCCGGCUAGGUCUCGCCCCCAGCGCCCUGGCUGGGCUGCGUCGGCGAGAAAGACCAAAAGAAUACAGCUCAAGGUGACAUUAUGAAGGAAAUCUAUUUGACAUCUGUAAGGCAUUGGAAGUUGCAACUCUUGUGGAAGGAUCUAAUACCAUGAUCAGAAGAACUGUGGAUACGUCUUUUCACUGUGAGGUUGUGGUAUACGCUUGACAAGUUUUGGAAAGAGAUUUUUAUACCAACUCUACCGACUAAUAUUUCGUUUGUGAAGCCAGGAGGCUCCAUAAAGGUUAAAAAUAAUUCAGCCAUAUUGUGUUGAACUUGAUUGAAGUGUCAUGAACAGUGUCUGGAGUGCAGAAGAACCAGUUCUCUCUUGUUGUGAUGGGUUUAGUCUGUUUACUUUCCUGGUGCCCUUUCGCUGAAACUGGGGCUGGGAGGCCUGGUGAGGAAUGUUUCUUCCGGAGUUCCGACAGGCUCAGCUAUUUGUCACAGCCUCCGAAGCUGCUUCGCUACAGAUGAGGAAAAUGAGGCUCAGAGAGGUUGAGCCACUUCCCUCAGGACACGCAGUGAAGUAUGAAACAAAGAUUUGAACCGGAGCAGUCUGACUCCAGAUCCUGUGCUCAUAAUCAUGGGAAGUGUUGCCUCCAAAUGUAAUUAUGGUUUAAUGAAGACCGACAACAUUUCAGUCAUUGUGUGAAGAACUUGGAUUCGGUGAUGCCUUUAAUGGUCCUUCUUUGCAGAUUCAGGACAACACUGGCCAGUCCUAGAUCUUUCCUUUGCCCUUGAAUGGACUUGUAGACCCAGCACUGUGGCUAUGGGGCCUAAUGAACAUUUCCAUUCAUCCAUGUUCCUGGCCAUACUCCACAUCUGCUUGUUCCCUACAGCUGACUAUAAUUGCCUUUGAUGAGUUAAGGACGGAUUUUAAGAACCCCAUCGACCAGUGCAACCCUGUUCAUGCGAGGGAACGGCUGAGGAACAUCGAGCGCAUCUGCUUCCUUCUACGAAAGCUGGUGCUGCCAGAAUACUCCAUCCACAGCCUCUUCUGCAUCAUGUUCCUGUGUGCUCAGGAGUGGCUCACCCUGGGGCUGAAUGUCCCUCUACUUUUCUAUCACUUCUGGAGGUACUUCCACUGUCCGGCAGAUAGCUCCGAAUUAGCCUACGACCCUCCGGUGGUCAUGAACGCAGACACCUUGAGUUACUGUCAGAAGGAGGCCUGGUGUAAGCUGGCCUUCUAUCUCCUCUCCUUCUUCUACUACCUUUACUGCAUGAUCUACACUUUAGUGAGCUCUUAACUCAAAGACCACGCACAUCCUCAGAGACUGGGAUGGGAGAGGCCCGAGGCUGCGCAGUCCACUUCUGCUGGUGAUGGGAGAAGGGACCGGUGUGGGGAUGUGACAGACAGAGACGGGCAGACACUCUGAAUCGGGAGCCGGAAGCAUGCAGCAGCCAGCGGCCGAGUGCGCACGUGUUGUCACCCUGUGUAUCAGUCCUUGGCGUUCACACCCCACACUCGGGCUGUAGAUCCCUUCUGAGCAGCGGGGGCACGAGGGGUGAUGAAACACGAAACCUCUUCUGAGCGAGAAUUGCUGCUUCCUGAAUCCACUUUAUUGAAUGGCUCCCUGAAGUUCACACUGCGUUCCUGGGCCGCGGGCGUGGAGGCUGGAUGGCUGGCAGGUGCCUGCUAAGGAACGGCGUGACCCAGGGUCAAGGCUGUAUCUGUGGGACUGAUUGAAGUCCUCAAGGACGUCACUGGGCUACCUGAGACUCUCGUGUUUCUUCCAAGCCCUGGCCACACCCUUCACUUCAAUGGGAGGGGCCUGAAAGGUGUGCAGAUUUGCCUUGGGCUAUAACCAGCCCUGAGCCUGCAGGGCUGUCUAUUUUCCUGCUCUGCUUUGUAAGAGCCCAGUUUAGGAUGUUUGUUAGUGACAUCACAAGCUGAGUUUGGGACAGUAUGUUGGUAAAGAGUUAUGGCCAAAGUCAGGGCUGGGAGGUGGUGAGAUGGGAAGGGGGGAAUCAUAGGAAAAAAUGAUUUUUUAAAACACUGAUGACAUGUUCAAGGUGUUAAUUCUUCACCACAACAAACUGUAUUCUUCUGUUGUCAUCUCAAACUAUCACAGAGUCACUGAAUGCUAAUCAAUUGGUCAACACUAGUCAAAGCUACUGACUUUUAAGGCUCCCAAAACAAUUCUGAGGCCAGAAAAAGCUGGAGUGGCAGCUCUGUACUGUGGGCAUCCGGCAGCCGAGAAGUAAGACAACAUAAUUAUAGCUUCAUUUAUGAUGCUGCAUCAUUCGUGCUGUUCGGUUCAACACAAGGACAUUAGCUCAUUUAGAAUUUUCCAUUCGACAUUCUCUCCUUUUUGGGUAGGAGUUGUACUCGGGUGUUGUAAAUAAUGACAAGGCUGAGAUUUUUAUUAUGUUUAAAUUGGGCACCAUGAUUUUGACCUUAUUCCCCAAACUUCCCUUCUUUUCUUCUGUUUGACAUACACAGGCUAUUUAUACAUAUACCAGCUUCCACCUGAAGUCCGUGACUCAGGUUUAUGAAUGGUGUUUGUGUAACACGUGUGCUGUGUUUAAAACGCAGCGACCACUUGAGUGUCUCGCCUAGCUGGCUGUCUCAUUUAAACGCAUUACAGGCUGGCUUCAUCUCCAUAUGGAUGGUAAACUGGUAGGAGGACAAAGAGAAGUUUCAAAAAAGCAUUUUCCUUCUAAAACUUCUACCGAAAACAAAAUGUAGAACUUCUGCUCUGAGGUUGAAGGUAUGGAACCGGAGGAUUCAAGGCAAUAUUUUUGGGGAGCAGGCUUCCCCUUGGCCAAUACCCAUCGUCCUGUCCGAGCAACUGUGGUUGCGGUGGAUAGUUUCCUUUAGGGCUGGUUGGCUCCGUCUCUUGACUCCAUUCCUGAGACAACCAGCCACCUUCAUCCAGAGAAAUCAGCCCUGGGCUCCAGGCUGCAGGCAGCAAAUCUAACCCCACCGCCAUCCUGCAAAUGCAACUGAAGUCAGAGGGUAAAUGGUCCAUGUUACUUCACACCACGGAGCUGUUGUUUGUUUUUAUACUUUGCCUCCUUCCAAAAAGAUUUGAAGUGGCUUAUAAUAGCAGGCACAAGUAUGCAAAGACUGUUAAAAUGGAAAUAGGAAAUCCAAACUUAAAAAGGAGGAGGACACAGAGAUACUGACUUCCUGAGGUACUCUAUUUACUGGGAUUGAGCAUAAAUUUGUUAUCAUUUCUCUUAACAGUAAAUAAUAGCAAUUCAUAUUUACACAACGCUUUUCAGAUUGCUUUUGCAUCUCAUUUGACUUUCCUCACCAUCCUAUGAAGUUGAUACUAUUCUUUUUCUCAUUUUCUAAGUGAGGAAGCUGAGGUUCAGAGAGGGUAAGUGAGUUACCUAUAGUCACACAGCAGUCCCAGACCUGCCUUUGAGCCCAGAUUGUCUGACCUUAAAAACCCCAUGUUCUUCCGUUUUAAACAGAGCACACGUGUUACACAAACACCAUUCAUAGACCUGAGUUACAGACUUCAGAUGGAAGCUGGUACACUGAAGAGCUGACAAAGUAGCUUAGGGUUCUGUUAAGGUUUGAUUAGCAUUAACUUUUUGAGAGAAAGAGAGUAUUUUAAAAAGAGUUAUAGGGAAAGUAUAUCUUCCUUCAUGUGCUAGCCUCAGUCUUGCUUUAUUGUGGGAGGUUCUUCUCUAAGGUGGUCCUCUAAAAGCUUUAAAGGCAUCAAGUGUCUCUUGGGCAGUUAUGUUUAUGACGGAGAAACAUCCAAAUAUUUCUCUCCAACGAGUUGUGACUGGGAAAUAAUCCCAGUGGUUGUUGGGAGUUUGAGCCAAUUUUCAAUUGCUGGGAGAAGCUAAUUAUGACGGUAAGAAUCAGAGUAAUACUCACAGUUGGUGGAGCCGUGUUGUGUACCAGGAUUUAUGCCAGGACCUCUUCCAACUCUCACAGUGAUCCUACAAGGCAGGUUGCAUAUUCUCACCCCCAGUUUACAGGUCAGGAAAACAGGGAGGCUCAGGACGGAUGAGUCUUCCCUGGGUGAAUCAGCCAGACCAGAGCUCGAGGCUACAAAUAAAUGGCCAAAUAAUAACAGUAGCUAAAAUUCAGGUGUUGGGCAUUAUUCUAUAUGUUUUGUGUGCUUUUGUCUGAUCCUCAUAACAAUACCAUGACGUCGAUAUUAUCUCUGCUUUAUAGAUGAAGAAAGUCCCAGAAGGUGAGUUACUUGCAGAGACCCAGAGCUAGUAAGGGGUGCGUAUAGAGCUACAGCUGGAAUUUAACCCCAAGUCUGCCUCUUCACACAUAAUUUUUCCUUCUUGGAUAUCUUUGUUGCGCAUUGUUUGUCCCACAGAAAUGACCGAAGGGAGGAAGGGGAGUGAAGCAGGAGAAACAGCACCCUGGAUAAAUCACAAAGUGAAUAUUACCCUUGGGUGAUGGAGAGCUCAUCCUACCAAGCAUGUAUGUGGGCAUCAAGGAGAGGGGGGACACACAUAUUAUGUGAGGGUGGCAUUGGUGGGCUGGUUCCCAUUGCCUUAGGGAGGCAGAGCGGCUAGGCUUGGCAUGGCUGUGCCCGAAGGGUCAGAGCGGAAUCGGGGGGGGGGGG